CCUCGCAGUGUCUCCCUUGACCUCGUGGGGUUGGGGUCUCUCCGUCCUGUUUGACAGCUGCCAUGUCCACGCAGAGACUUCGGAACGAGGACUACCAUGACUACAGCUCCACUGACGUGAGCCCCGAGGAGAGCCCCUCCGAAGGCCUCAGCAACCCCUCCUCCCCGGGCUCCUACCAGCGCUUUGGGGAAAGCAACAGCACAACAUGGUUCCAGACCUUGAUCCACCUGUUAAAAGGCAACAUUGGCACAGGGCUCCUGGGGCUGCCCCUGGCAGUGAAAAAUGCAGGCAUCUUGAUGGGCCCCCUCAGCCUGCUGGUGAUUGGCAUCGUGGCUGUGCAUUGCAUGGGCAUCCUGGUGAAAUGCGCUCACCACUUCUGCCACAGACUGAACAAAUCCUUUGUGGACUAUGGGGACACUGUGAUGUAUGGGCUAGAAUCCAGCCCCUGCUCCUGUCUCCGGAACCAUGCACACUGGGGAAGGCACAUCGUGGACUUCUUCCUGAUUGUCACUCAGCUGGGAUUCUGCUGUGUCUAUUUUGUGUUUCUGGCUGACAACUUCAAACAGGUGAUAGAAGCGGCCAAUGGGACCACCAACAACUGCCACAGCAACGAGACGGUGAUUGCGAACCCCACCAUGGACUCACGACUCUACAUGCUCUCCUUCCUGCCCUUCCUGGUGCUGCUGGUCUUCGUCAGGAACCUCCGAGCCCUGUCCAUCUUCUCCCUGUUGGCCAACAUCAGCAUGUUGGUCAGCCUGGUCAUGAUCUUCCAGUUCAUUGUGCAGGUUCUGCCUCUUGAAAACAAAAUGAAGGAUCCCCAGAAAUUUCCGCUCAUCCUGUACGUGGGAAUGGUCAUCGUCACUGCCCUCUACAUCAGCCUGGGGUGCCUGGGGUACCUGCAAUUUGGAUCUAGUAUCAAAGGCAGCGUAACCCUCAACCUGCCCAACUGCUGGUUGUACCAGUCGGUUAAGCUGCUGUACUCCAUCGGGAUCUUUUUCACCUACGCGCUCCAGUUCUACGUCCCGGCUGAGAUCAUCAUCCCCUUCUUUGUGUCCCGGGUGCCUGAGCACUGUGAAUUAGUGGUAGACCUGUUCGUGCGCACUGUGCUGGUCUGCCUGACGUGCAUCUUGGCCAUCCUCGUCCCCCGUUUGGACCUGGUCAUCUCCCUGGUGGGCUCCGUGAGCAGCAGCGCCCUGGCCCUCAUCAUCCCGCCCCUCCUGGAGAUCACCACCUACUACUCAGAGGGCAUGAGCCCCCUCACCAUCGCCAAGGACGCCCUGAUCAGCAUCCUGGGCUUCGUGGGCUUCGUGGUGGGGACCUACCAGGCCCUCAAUGAGCUCAUCCAGCCAAGCAAUGCUCCCAUUCUCGUCAAUUCCACUCGUGCCUUUGUGUAGUGAUCUGGGUGCACCUGUCCACCCCAACCCUCAUGUGUCCCCCAGGAUCUGUCCCCGGAACCUCAGGUAUGGUCUAGGCUC